ACUGCGCUGUGGAACAAAACAGCAACAUGUCUCUGGAGGAUCCGUUUAUCGUCGUUAAAGGUGAGGUGCAGAAGGCAGUACAGCGUGGGCGGGGUUUGUGUGAGAGGUGGGCGGAGCUGCUACAGGAGGAGGAGCCAGUGAGCAGAGACGAACUUGAAUGGAGUAAAAACGAACUUCGUAACUGUUUACGAGCCAUCGAGUGGGACCUGGAGGACCUACAAGAGACCAUCAGCAUUGUGCAGUCAAACCCUGGGAAGUUUCGUUUGGGUGAGAAUGAACUGCAGGAGAGGAGAGAGUUUGUCGAGCAAACGCGAGCUGCAGUCGAGGAGAUGAAGCAGCAGCUCUCUAGUCCCUCAGCUGUUGCUCAGGCAGAGAAGAAGAACAGACAGGCUUUAAUGGAAACACAGCGGUAUGGAGGUUUGGAACCUCAUCUGGUGUCAACAAACUCCAGGUACAUCCAGGAGCAACAGGAGCAGCAGCAGCUGAUAAUGCAGGAACAGGACGAGCAUUUGGAGCUGGUUUCAGGAAGCAUCCGUGUUCUGAAAGACAUGAGCGGCAGAAUCGGAGACGAACUGGACGAACAGGCCGUGAUGUUGGAGGAGUUUAAUGAGGAGAUGGAGCAGACGGGUUCUAGAAUGGAUUCAGUGCUAAAGAAACUGGAGAAAGUUUCACACAUGACCAGCAGCAGGAGGCAGUGGUGCGCUAUAGGUGUUCUCGUCGUCAUCCUCAUCGUAGUCAUCAUCCUUUUAUCCGCCCUGUGAGAGUGACGCAUCCACGUGGCCAAGAAGUGAUGGAAGAAACAAGCACGUCUCCUCUUCCCUCCGUCCAGCAGUCUGCAAUCUCUGUUUUUAAUGGAGUUUGUUUUCUAUUUUCGGUCAGCUUACGUGACUGAGGGACUGAGGGAGAUUUUAGUGUGUAUUAUAUUUUUAUAAGUGUACAGUAUCCAGCGCAGUAGAACUAUUGGAACACAGCCAAACUGAACACGGCCUGCGAGGCAUGUACUGAUUUCACAUUUUUGCACAUCAUGACGGUUUAUUAUACAAACUCUAUAUUUUAUUGAUGGUUAGCGACUGUCUUGUUCUAAAUGAUAUUGUUAUUAAAAGAAGAUGUAUAAAUACA